GUGUAGGUAAACUGGUCGCACAUGGCCGGUGGAAGUUCAGUCCGGUACUUGUGUUCUGUUCAACAAAGGAAAGCCGCUCAGAGCCCGUCGAACUAGGAAUAAACUAACCCGGUGACACAACGGAGACAAACGAGGACACCUUUAAUUUACUACAUUUGACAUAACCAUUCCUACCUGUAACUAAAGGUGGUAAUGUCCUCCCACGAGUAAAAAAUAAAGGUGGAAGACGGUUUAGUCUACUGAAUGUGGAGCGGCUAAUCAUGUGUUGUUGUUAGCUAAAUCGAAGCUAUAGUUUGAAGGGUUGUCACCACAGAGACACGAAGCCGAUAGCUGAAACAGACACCGAGUGCUGCAGGCAGGCAGCCGGGUAACGUUCAAUGGAUCCCCAGUUGUGGUGCUGUGAGGGGGACAGGCCUGCCAUCCGGAGGGCCUACCGGGACUCCAACCUGUUGAAUGAGCGGGUCCUGCACGCUCUGUUGCGGGCAGAAGACAAGUACCUCCCCUCUCCCAACUACUUCAAGUGCGUCCAGAGAGAGGUGGCUCCGUACAUGCGGAGGAUAGUGGCUACCUGGAUGUUGGAGGUGUGUGAGGAGCAGAAAUGUGAGGAGGAGGUGUUCCCUCUGGCUAUGAACUACAUGGACCGCUUCCUGUCGGUGGAGCCCACCAAGAAGAGCCACCUGCAGGUCCUGGGAGCCGCCUGCAUGUUCUUGGCUUCCAAACUGAAGGAAACAAUCCCGCUCACCGCUGAGAAGCUCUGCAUCUACACAGACAACUCCAUCACCCCGACUCAGCUGCUGCAAAUGGAGCUGGUGGUUCUGAACAAGCUGAAGUGGGACCUGGCUUCGGUUACCGCUCUGGACUUCAUCGAGCACUUCCUGUCCCAGCUGCCGGUUGUCAGAGAGCACCAGCCCAUCCUCAGGAAGCACGCUCAGACAUUUGUAGCUCUGUGUGCCACAGAUGUUAAAUUCAUCGCCAGCCCUCCGUCCAUGGUGGCAGCGGGCAGCAUGGUGGCGGCUGUGGAGGGCCUGCAGAUGAGAAUGGUGGGCACGAGCAUGAUGUCUAAGAAACUGACGGAGCAGCUGGCACAGAUCAUCAGGAGCGACCCGGACUGUCUGAGGGCGUGUCAGGAACAAAUUGAGUCGCUGCUGGAAACCAGUCUCAGACAGGCACAGCGACCGCAACACUCGGUUACCAUGGAGACUAAGAGCAUCAGUGAGGAGCAGGACGUCUCGACGACGCCCACAGAUGUCCGGGAUAUAAACAUCUGACGGAGAGCCGCCAGCCGCGCUGCUGGAGGAGGAAAGAGAAGCACGUGGAGCUGCUGACGUGGACGCUCGUCUUCGACCAAUACAGAGGCACACGUGUGGCGUGUACUCUGGAGCGCUCACGAGAAACUGGACUCAACGUGUCGGGACAGUCUGAACUGUGGCUGGGGACACAGUCACGUCCAGGACGUUGAAAACCUUUUUAAAACUGGAAUUCCGAGAACACUCCAAAGAGUAAUGUCUGUCAAGUGUUUCUUCUUAUUGGUGGGCAGCAGUUGGACGCACCCACCAACGAGCUGUUUAAAAGGCCUAGAAGGCUCAUCUGAACCCACCCCCUCCUCCCAAAAUUGAAACUGUAGGCUCAGAGACUCAGUGGCGGUUCUAGACCAUUUCAAAUGGAAGGGCCAGGCUGGGGCCAAAUGUGAUUUUUUUUUUUUAGAGGUACCAAAUAAAAGCACAAGUGUUGCAUACCACCAACCUUCCACAGGUUUGGUUUUUACAAAAGACUAAUAAUACACAUGUAUAACAAUAAACACAAAAACACUCAUA